GCUCAAGGCAGCACGUCCUAGGCACUUUAAGCAGGCCUCAACUACUGGCGAAAAUACUGAAAGUUCUGACGGGCCUUCUGCUUCAGGUUCCGUUGGGGUCAUGGCCUCUCCCCACACUACUUCCUCUUCCUGGGUAAAUCGGAGGAAGUUUAAAAUUGGUUCAGCACUUACCAAAGCGUCCAUCACUUCAGGUACAUCAAACCUUUCACCAGCAAUCAAUUCUGGUCUGCGAAAGUCACGACUCUCUGCUGCUCGGGCGGCUAAUUCGGCGGGUAGGCCAAGUGAACUUAUUUCUGCUUGUCAUGGUGAAUACAAAACUGCGAAAGGUGAUGGAAAUUGUGUUGAAGGCGAUACGGAAGAUGCUACCCCGGCGGCAGGACCAUUGCUUAAGGCGUUUUAUCGUCGACGCAGGCUGGAUGAGGAUUUUGGAUUAAAGCGAGUUAUGAAUUAUGAGUCAAGUUCCACUAACUCAAGUUUAGGCAAACAAGAGGACUGGAGGAAGUCUGACAGAACUUGCCUGGCUCCAAAAUGCAUCAACCAUGUGGAUUUUCGAGUGAGUCAUUAUAUCACUGAAAAUAGACGUUUUUCCUUCGAUCUUUAA